AUGUUUCAGUUCCAGCUCAAGGCUGAGUUCCUCAGCUCCCCUUAUUCUGAAGCACUGCUGGGGGCAGGGCAGGAUGGUGCUUACACGCUGCCCGGCAGGGGGCCUCCCAAGCCCGCGCUCUGGGCGCUCCUGCUGGUGCUUUUGGGGGCCGCUCCGGGCCGGGCCGGGAUCGGCGCCUGCAGCGUCCCCGACGUGCUUCACCACUACCGCGCGGUUAUCUUCGAGGACCUGCAGGCCGCGGUGAGGUGGACCAGGCCAAGGGUCGAAGGGGCUGGACCGGGCUCCAGACACCUCCAUUUCAUUCAGAAAAACCUGACUGGAGACGCGGUCUCCCGACGGCGGGGCCGGGUGGGAGUCUCAUGUGGCGCCCAGAAGGAGCACAGUAUCCUACUGUCCAUCGUGGCCCUGGGUCGGACCCUACGUGGGGCGGUGGCUGGGGGCCGCCGCGGGGCUCUGGAGAAGGCGGCGUGGACUGUGGCGGUGCGCACUGAGGCGGUGAUGCGACGCCACUGCCGGAAGCUGCGCCAGCGGAGCUGGCGGCCGGAGACGCGCCCUUCCCGGCGUCCAGGCGGCCGGAGGCGGCUCCUGCUGCGCGCCCUGGACGCCGUCGCCACCUGCUGGGAGAAGCUGUUCGCGCUGCGCGCCGCGGCCACCGACGGCUCCUGGGGCUCCUAG